AGAGGUCUGGGUGGACUGGAUUCAGUCCACACCUGCCCCUCUAUAGAUAUUUCUUUCUGCCCUUCUUGCCUUCCAGGACCCUGGAAGAUGCUGGCUCUGCUCUAUUACCCUGCCUUCUACUACUCCUUGGCCGCCUGUGCCACAGUCAGGCAUGCAGCCGCCCACCUGCUUGGCAGUGUGCUGUCCUGGGCUCACUUUGGUGUCCAGGUCUGGCAGAAGGCAGAGUGUCCCCAGGCGCCCAAGAUCUACAAGUACUACUCCCUGCUGGCUUCCAUGCCUCUCCUUUUGGGCCUUGGAUUCCUGAGCCUUUGGUACCCGGUGCAGCUUGUGAGAAGCUUCAGCCAUAGGACAGGAGCGGGCUUGGAGAGGCUGCAAAGCAGCUACCCUGAGGAAUAUCUGAGGACCCUCCUUUGCCUGAAGAAGCUGAGAAGCAGCUCCCACACAUCCAAGCAUGGCUUUCUGUCCCAGGCCUGGAUCUGCUUCAGACACUACAUCUACACUCCACAGCGAGGAUUCCGACUCCCACUGACGCUUGUGCUUUCAGCCACCCUGACAGGGACGGCCAUUUACCAGGACACUGCUUUCUCCAAUGUAGAAAAGUUGGAAAUUUUAUAUUCUGAAAUUUAA